GGGGGCGGCGGCGGGGGAUGCCGCGGGGCUGGCGGCUGCCCAGGCCGCGGGGGGCGGCUCCGUGAGGCGCCCGAGCCCAGCCGCGGAGUUCGCAGGCGGUCCGCGCUGCACCGCAGUCCCGGGCGAGGCAGUCUCUCUAGCUGAGAGUAAUAGAGUUGGACAUGGACAGUAAUAUAGCUGAAUACCGCAUCAGUGUUAUAAGGAGUCCACACGGGUGGGAAAUAGGUAUCUAUGUGACUGGCGCACUUGUUCUGCUGGGAAUCGCUGGACUAAACCUGUGGAAACUAUGGAAGUCUGGGAAUUAUCCAGCACCGUCUCCAUUUCCCAAUUACAACUACCGAUACCUGGAACAAAAGUAUGGGACUACAUAUUCGGACAUCAAACACAAGAGGGGGGGAGCCUCAAACUUCCGAAAGGCAGCGGAAAGGACGUCCCCUGUCCGCAAGCCCCGCCUGAAGAUGGAUGACACCUUUGAGAACAUCAAUGAGCUGGGUACCUUAGAGUUGAUGAGCAAAGACCUAGAUCUGGGUCCAUUCGGGCUACUGAAGAGAUCUGUAUCCACUGACUCCCUCAGCUCCAUCUCCUCCAUUGGGAAUAACUUUGGCCAAGACUUCACUGUGGGCCAGGUGGAAGUCAACAUGGAGUACGAUGUGUUCUCCAACACCCUGCACGUCACGCUGCUGCAAGGGAAGGACCUCCUGGAGAAGGAGGACGUCAACUUUGAGUCUUGCUUUGUGCGUAUCAGCUUGCUCCCAGAUGAACAAAUCAUUGGCAUUUCCAGGAUUCAAAGGAGUGCCUUUUCUGUCUUCUUUGAUGAGAAGUUUUCCAUCCCCUUGGACCCGUCUGUGCUGGAGGAAAACAGCUUAAGAUUUUCUGUCUUUGGCAUUGAUGAGGACGAGAGGAACAUCAGCACCGGGGUAGCAGAGCUGAAGCUAUUGGACUUGGAUCUGGCCAGCCGCCCAUUCAGUGCUUGGCUCUAUCUGCAGGACAUGAACAAGGCAGUUGACUCGGUGGGAGAGAUCCUGCUGUCUCUUAGUUACCUACCCACAGCGGAGCGGCUGACGGUCGUUGUGGUUAAAGCCAAAAACCUCGUGUGGACCAACAGCAAAAUGACAGCAGAUCCUUUCGUCAAAGUGUACUUGCUUCAGGACGGGAGGAAGAUCAGCAAGAAGAAGACAGCUGUGAAGAGAGACGAGACAAAUCCGGUGUUUAACGAGGCCAUGAUUUUCUCAGUGCCCGCAAUUGUCCUACAGGAUCUGUCUCUCCGGGUGACGGUGGCAGAGUGUUGUGAAGAUGGGAGAGCUGAAAACAUUGGCCAUGUCAUCAUUGGCCCAUCGGCCAGCGGCAUGGGCAUCACGCACUGGAACCAGAUGUUGGCAACCUUAAGGAAGCCGGUGUCCAUGUGGCACCCAGUUCUACGAAACUAAGGGCAAAGUUACACUCUGCGGGUAUCUUGCAUGGUGCCUAGACUUCCCAUAAGCAAAUAUUCUUGGCAAAUGGACAGUGGUACGUGAGACAUAAACUGUUUUUUCAAAUGUUCUUCACAAGUUCCAUUUAGUAAGAAGGAGCAGCAGGGGAAGUCACUGAAUCAGAUCCUUGAGGAAGCUUCAGUGGACUAAAACCUGAGAGAAGAAGCAACUCGUGUGAUUAUGCGCAGAAGUAGUUUCCAGGCAAACACUUCCUUCCUAGCACUUCCUUUCCAGUGACACCGGCUUGGGAGUCCCAUUGUCCCUAAUUGUGAUUUUAUUUUCCAGUGAAUGUUACACAGUAGAGCAUGGUCUGUUCACUGGCUUAAGGGGGUUAGGGGUAAAUUUGUGAUCUCGUACCCACGGUGGGCUUAGCCCCACUGAUUGUCAACACAGUGCCUGGGGGGAGUUUAGCCACAUGGAUUUUCAUCUACAUGAUGGCCAGGCUGGCAUUUAACCACUGGGUGUUUUCAGUGCAGGGUCCAAAGAGAAAUUUAUGGUUUUAAUACAGUGCUGCCCUGACAAUAUGCCCUCUCCAAAAGGGGUCCUUUGGUUCCUCCUCUGGAUGCCUCCCCAUUAAAAACUUGAGUUCAGGCAGAGUGAGCAGCUUAAUAAAUAGUGGGUGCUUAUCUUCCCCGUCCGAUUACUGGACAUUCUGAGCUAAACUGAGCAGAGGGAAUACAAAUGCUGACAUUUUUAAUAAAGGAGAAGCCUUUUUUAAAAAAGAGAGCUAUUUCCCAGUGCAUAAUAUGAACGUAAAGGAGAGUUCCUUUAGGAAGAACUCAUACUGCACUUUACCAUUUCAAUGAAACCAGCCUUUUCCACAGCCCAUUCUCUCAAAGGCUCGAUUCUGCGGUCAGUAGAAGUUGAGGGCCCUCAGCACCUUGGACGCUUGGAUUUUGGGGGCCUUCAUGUUUGAGGUUGGCUGAAAUUCUUCAAAUUUCAAUUAAAAUGUCAUCAAAAUCUGACGGGGGAAAAAUGGGGAUGGUGGUGGAAUUUGAUAACAUUGGUGACUCCUGUGUUUUUGACCAACUAUGGAACAGGGUGAAAUGUUUUGAAUUUCAAAUGCCAACCAGAAAAGUGGGGAAAGUGUCUACUCACAAAACAGCUGAUUUCUUUUCUCCCCCUCCUGUUUUCCAGCCAAUUCUAGAGCCCAACUUGAGACACAUUGGUGCCAAUUUCCAGAGCUCCUGAGGUUCUGCGGACCUUCAGCUGGGAUUGUGGGUGCUCAGCACCUUUGGAAGCCAGGCCCACAGGGUCUCGUACUGGGCACCCAACAGGAUAGGCCUCAGUGUUUACUCAGUUGCCACUCAACUUGAUCACUCAAGUUGUGAUCAAGUUUAGCACGUGCCAGCUAAUCCCAGCCUCAACUCAGCCACUCUUCCUAGUCAAAAUAAACCCAGUGUUUCCCGCUAUCACCGUUGUGUCGCAAAUCUCGUGAUUGUUGGUGUUUUCUGUAAAGCCCCAGCUCUUGGAAUCAUGUAGUUACUUGCUAACCUCACUUAAAACAAAAACAACAAACAAUGAAGUGUCUAGCCCUCGUGGUAUUGGAGAAAAGCUUGAAAACACGAGCACUCAGGGCUCAAACGCCACAAGCAAAUGUAAAGAGCCCCAAUUUUUUUUAUUUAUAUAAAAUGUCAUGGUAUUUCAGCCAAUCUCGUGACUUUUGGGGUGGGCGCUUGAUUCUCAGUGUUGAAUGUAGGGACUGGCGAAAGUUCGGUCUCUUUGGGGACAAUGGGUGUUUGUUUCAGGGCAGCGUGAAAACUGAGGGAGACUCUUCAGAAGAACCAGCUGCCGCUGAAAGCUGUGAAGGAGGAAUGCAACCCCAUUGCAGGAGACGUUUCCUGCCAUCUUUGAACUUGGAAAAGCCGUCAAGAACCAAACUGUGUUGCUCAUUGAGGCCUAAGGGGGUCUGAAAUCAGUGCUCUGUUGUGAUGGGCUUUCCAGGAAACAAAGGAAGAGAUUACUUAACAGAGGGGAAAUAAAACCAGUCAGAUGUUUAAUUCUACCUCUGUCCAACCAAAUGGCAUGGGGUGGGAGGGUGUUGGCUUCACCAUCUGGGCAGAACCAUCAAAAGCAGGCACAGCUGAAUGCAGCCAGGGAUGGUUUCUUUAAAGCAGUUGUGGUCAGGCUGCACCCUGUACUCUGCUGGGAAGGGACACCCAAGCUAGUAGAAGGAGAGGUGAGCAAAGAAAUGGCGUGUAGUUUCUUUGCUGCCUUGAAGACUUGUAGUCAGUGAGGAUUCAGACAAGACCGGGUGGGGGGCUCUCAGACUGCAGCUCUGCUGGGUGCUGCCAUGUCUUGGUAGGUAUGAAGCUAUUAGCAGGGCUCCCCCUGCUUCAGAAUGCAUGGUUAGCCUCUGGGGCUGGAGCAUGCUCAUUGCUUAUGGGAGGGGAGACCCCAUUUCCCCUCAUCUUACCUGUGUAGGAGCAAGGCAACUUAUGGACCCCACUGAAAUGCCCUGCAGGGUUCCCGGGUUCUAUUGCAGCAGCAUCUACUUGCUUGAGGGCAAGCCCAAGCUUCCUGGGCACACGGUGCCAUUGGGCAGCAGGCACUGGGCGAGAGCAUGCUGCAUACCCAGUGCCACUUCCCCAGCAGGGGGGCUUCCCCUUUGCUAGAGAAACGUGCUUGUUUUCAGUGUGAAUCACCCUUGUCAAAUGCCUCAAUCAAAUGGUGAGGCAGUCUGUCAGUCCAACAAUUGCAGCUUUGGGAACAUGAGACUAACUAACUUUUCAGCUCCAGCAGCUUCCCACAUCGCUAGUCAAAAGGCAUGUGGGGAGGGGAGGCCUGUUCCUUAGCACUGGGUUCUGGGCUUGGCCAAGUGUCAAACUCCUCCCUCCUGCUCGCAAAUGUUCUUCACAAAUGGUUAGGAUAAAAUUGACGUUGGCUUUGAACUUUGUUGGCUAUCUGGGCCUGAUUGAAGGCCGACUUCAGUGGGCUUUGGCUCAGGUGUAAUAUUCCCCCUGUCUUGAUUCAGACAAAGGUUAGAAGCCCUUUUAUUUACACGACCUAGUGUCCCAGUUGUAGCUCCCUUUAUGAUGGAAGCAGAGCAAGGAUGGUCUUAUGAUUAAGGUUCUGGCCCAAGACACAGGAGAAGGGGCUUUAGCCCUGGCUCUGAUACAGACGUAUACAUGGUACUGGGCUAUCACUCAGACUGCACCGUUACUGGAUGUCUUUUUAAGAGCUAUGCUGGAGUCCAACCACCAAGUUAUUAAUGCAGAACUCGCUGGGUGAGAUUCCCUGGGCUGCGUGAUACAGGAGGCCAGAAAAGAUGAUGACAAUGCUCCCUUCUGACCUUAAAAUGUGUCUGUUGCAAAUGUCCUUCCCGUAGCAUUAGAUCCCUUUGGGAGCACAAGGCCAGGGCCGAAACGCUUUUGGCUGCAGGCUGUGGUAAUGCUCGGCCAAAAAAGAAUGAAAACGUUAAUGGUAUUUAUGGGACCGACCAAAAAAUUAAAAAAGCAACAAUGGCUGUAGUUAAAAUUGGUACUUUGAAUGCUUAAUAUUCCGCUCUCUCCCCGCCCUUGUUUUGUCAGCAUUCCAUCAUAGCAGAGUAGAGCAAUAUGCCAGCGGUGAGGGGGGCGUUCUAUGAAAAGUGUAUCUAGCAUCAUGCCAUAGCUGUGCUGUGUAUUUAAAUGGUUAUGUUAUCACAUUAAAGACCUGUCAGCCUCGGUGUAUCGCACCUGCCCUUCAUUCCAGCUGAAAGAUAAAUAAACAGCGAGGAGACUUGGCAAAUGA